ACGCACACACACAGCUAAAUGUCGUCUGCUUUAAUCGCAUAAUUAUACAGUAUUUUGGACAUCUGUGUUGCUGAAUCUUUUGCAAUUUGUUCAAUUAAUAUUGGAGAAGUCACAGUAGAAAGAUGGAGUUGGGAAGCUUUAGCCUUUAGCCACACAAGCACACGGUGAUUCCUUGUUUAAAAUUCCCAGAGCUGAAACUUUACUAUGGAUCAGAGCGCAGUCAAGCGAACAUGAAUCAAGACGGAAUGUCAACCAGCAGGUUUCAGUGAGAAAAUUGUGGUUAAAAAGUCAGUUCUUACCGGAGAAAAGCUGAGCUUGCGCCGUCCAUAGCUGCCGUCGACUCCCCUGAGACACUGCGCACCAAGACACCCGUGGAGACACCCUUCCGACUAUCAGAGCUCCACUUGACCUCUGACCUCGCCUAGAGAGAAUGCCAAGGAGGGCUGGGACGGCGCCACGGCAACCCGAGUCAGGUGCAUGUGCAGACAGGUGUUGUCAGGUGCGAUGGAUCAGAACCAACAGGUGUAUCAAACGGAGGUGUCUCCCUGGUUGCCGUGGCACUGCCUCAUGUCCAAAACGUCAGUGUUUGGUUACGAAGGCAACGACGUCACCAUCCAGCGUCGCUUCCUACAUCUCAAACAUAGCCCCUGUCCAGCACCUAAUCCCGCCCUCCUCCGGUGCUCCUCCAGGAGUCAAAGAUCUUCAACUCUCUGCCGAAGCACCUCCUGUUGGUGAGAAUGUGAGACUCCUAGGAGCUGGAGUUGAAGGUGACAAAAGAAGAAGUCUGCAGGAUGUAAAGGAGGCCAAGUUCUCCGCUGAGGAACGUCCAAACUCCAGCAGAGAGAGCAGACAGUCUCAGAUUGAGGACAUGAAGCCUGUCGCAGCAAAGAAGAAUUUUCUCAGUCUGCGCGAGGCCCAGGCCGUACUGCUCAAGAAAACUGUGGGAGGAAGAAGAGACAAGAUCGCCGCCGCCCUGGUGAAGCACAUAGAGAAAGAGAAAAAGAAACUCGGAGCUUCGACGCCAUCGUUCGUGUCGAGCAACGUGAGAACGCCAAAGACUCGGGAGAGAAAUGUCACCACAGUUCUGUGUCCACUGCUUUGUAAGAACGGCGGCGUCUGCCUGCUGAAGGACCGCUGCCUCUGCCCAUCAAACUUCACUGGAAAGUUCUGCCAGAUCCCCGUCGCCCAUGCAUCCACCCCCUCCUCCACCAAUGAAGUCGUCAAGCCCGCCGGCCUGUCAGUCAUGGCGGCCAAUCAGGGGCUGACCCAGUCUGAGUUUCUCCUGCCUCUGGCAGGUCCGAACCAGGCCAUAGGGAGACCAGCAUCAGCUCCUAGUCCCUCUAUGGUGAAGGUCAGAGUGCAGCACCCCCCUGAGGCCAGCGUGAAGGUCCACCAGGUUUUGAAGGUGUCUGGAUUCAUCCCCGCGCUGCAAGCGCUCUCAUCAGCCACGCAGUCUGGAUCAGCGGGGGCUCCUGCACCAGCCGGGCUUGUGGUCCAGGCCCAGACGACAAGGGGGCAUGGCGUCUACACCCAACACUCAGGCUUCAAAUACUGCUUCAGAGAGGUGAAAGACGGACAGUGUAGUUCUCCUUUGCCAGGGCUGAGGAGCAAAGAGACGUGUUGCCGGGGUCUCGGGAAGGCUUGGGGCGCCACAGACUGCGUCCUCUGUCCUAAACAUGCAGCAGGUCCAAACAACAGCAGCUGUCCUGUUGGCUUCGAGCGAGGCAACGGAACCAAAUGCGUUGACGUGAAUGAGUGCCUCCAGCCAGGGCUUUGUGAGAACGGCUUGUGUGUGAACACCGGGGGGAGCUAUAGCUGCGUGUGCAAGCCUGGUUUCAUCCUGGAUGCCUCACAUGGACUUUGCAUUUCCCAGACUGUGAUAGCGGAAGACAAGAAUCAGUGUUACCGGGUUCUGGGUUCGGGUCUGGGCCCGUCCUCCUGCUCCCUGCCCAUCCUCAGGAACAUCACCAAACAGAUCUGCUGCUGCAGCCGAGUAGGGAAGGCCUGGGGUCCUGACUGCCAGCGGUGCCCAUACUUUGGGUCAGUGGCCUUUAAGGAGAUCUGCCCUGCUGGUCCUGGCUACCACUACUCCCCCUCUGCCCUGCAGUUCAGCCAGAGAGCGGCAGAGCAGCUGGGAACCAAAGGAGCUCAGCUGGUAACCCACCUGGACCAAGGUGAGACCACUAGUUCUCAGCUGAAACCCCCAGCAAGAGAGACCGUGAGCUCGUCCAACCGACCCAGUUCACCUGUCAGUACUCCACCCUCUAGACACGUAAACCCGGUAAACACCACCCGGCAUAAACCUCAAACUCCAGGCAGUGCCGGCGUCCGGCCGACCCGCCCAGAACCAACCGUAUCGUCGAGGAGAUCAUCACAGCAAUCUAGUGGGGGUCAAGGUACGAGCGGGAGUCAGAACCAGGGCACUGGAAGAAGCCAAACUUCCAACCAGAACCAAGAAUCAAGUGGCAAUCGCAACACCAGCCAUACUCAAGGUACCAGCAGGAAGCUAAGUCCCAGUGGGGGUCAAAUCACAAGCAGGAACCAAGGAACUAACCAGAACCAAGGCCCCAAUGUGAAUCCAGUUUCCACCCAGAUCCAUGGAACAAGUGGCAAUCGCAACACUGGCCAGACUCAAGGAACCAGCAGGAAUCAAAGUCCCAGUGGAGGUCAAGGCACAAGUAGGAACCAAGGAACCAACCAGAACCAAGGCACUAGCAGGGACCAAAGUCCUAGUGGAGGUCAAGGCACCAGCAAAAACCAAGGAACCAACCAGAACCAAGGCAUUAUUAGGGACCAAAGUCCUAGAGGAGGUCAAGGCAACAGCAGGAUCCAAGGUGUCAGUGGGAGUGAAGAUCGGCCGACUGGACGAGGAGAUUCUCUGCCAGCUUCGCCUCAACAGAUCCCCGAGGGAGACUCGAGAACCCGUGGACAAUCCCCGCCGCCUAAAAAGCCGACGACGCGUCCCCCCCACGUCCAGUCAUCGCAGGAUGUGUGCGUGAGCAAACCAGGUGUGUGUGGCGGUGGUCGCUGUGUGUCGCAGCCAGGUGGGAAACACACCUGUGUGUGUGAUCAGGGAUACCAGGCUAAUUCUGAGCACACGUACUGUCAAGAUGUGAAUGAGUGUGUUCAGCCUGGAAGUGUAUGUUCGCCAGGAGAGUGUGUGAACAGCGCAGGCAGCUUCAGGUGUGUGUGUCCGUCGGGAUACAGCAGUGACGCCGGGCAGAGGAGCUGUCAAGACGUUGACGAGUGCCAGCGGAGUCCCUGCGGCAGCGACGCCCGCUGCCACAACACCGCCGGCAGCUUCAGGUGUGACUGUCGCCACGGUUACAAGCUCAGCGGCAACACCUGCACAGACAUGGACGAGUGUGAGGAUCCUCUGCUGUGUCGGGGUCAGCAGUGCGUCAAUACUCAGGGUUCCUACAGCUGCGUGUCCUGCCAGCCUGGACACGGACUUCUCAAUGGACUCUGCACAGACAUCGAUGAGUGUCGUCAGGCUCCCUGCUCCAACGGUCGCUGUGAAAACACACCUGGGAGCUUCCACUGCGUUUGUCGCCAUGGUUACAAGCUGAAUAACAACACCUGUACAGAUGUGGACGAGUGUGCAGAACCGUCUCAGUGUCCUGGUCAGGUGUGCGUCAACUCUGUGGGAUCUUAUCGCUGUGUGUCCUGUCAAACUGGGUACACAUUGACCAACAGACAGUGCACAGAUGUAAACGAAUGUAAGGACGAGACCUUGUGUCUGGGUGGUCAGUGUGUCAACACUGAGGGGUCCUAUAAGUGUGUGGAUUGUCGCCAAGGCUACCACGCUGUGAACAGAGUGUGUGAAGACAUCGACGAGUGUGCUAGUGCCUCAGCUUGUGAGGCGGAGCGCACGUGUGUCAACACUCUUGGCUCGUUCCGUUGCGACUGUCUACCAGGGUAUCGAACCUUCGGCCGGGGGCGACAGUGCAGAGACAUCAACGAAUGCUUGGAGGAGAACUGGUGCCCCCCCACAGGAGAGUGUGUCAACACGGCCGGCUCGUACACGUGUGUGUGUCCUCAAGGAUUCGCCCUGGGCAGCGACAACAACCGGACCGCCUGUGUCGACGUGAACGAGUGUGAGCGGUCGAGGGCAUGCGCAGACGGCGACUGCGUCAACACCGAUGGCUCCUUCCUGUGUCGAUGUCAUGAUGGCUUCACCAACAACCCUGAGAGGAACACCUGCCUUGAUGUGGACGAGUGCGUCUCGUCUGGCGGUUCAGUCUGUGGCGCGCUCAGGUGCGAGAACACCAUCGGUUCUUACCGUUGCCUCACUUCCUGUGAUCCGGGCUUCCAGGUGUCUGCUUCUGGUCAGUGUGAGGACGUGGACGAGUGUGUUAACAGGACGGUGUGCGGCGAUCAUGCCGUCUGUCAGAACUUGGUCGGAACAUACGUGUGCCUUUGUGACCAAGGUUUUACCUCCACCUCUGAUGGAAAGUUCUGCGUGGACGAGGACGAGUGUGUGUCCAUGCCAGGUGUGUGUGGCUCUGCUCGAUGUGACAACAUGGAGGGGUCCUUCAUGUGUGAAUGCGACACACCUGGAGAAGAGUUCGACACCACGAGUAGACAUUGUGUGAGCACCCCGCCGUCAACACCACAGCGAGGGACUUUCCCCAUCGGCUCCUCUUCUCCGUCGUCCUCCACCUUCCAUGCCGGUGUAUUUGACCUUGCUCCGGUGCUUCCCCGCCUGCCCGCGGCCAGCCCCGGCGAGCUCAGAGAGUGUUACUAUAACCUGGCAGACGGCGGCUCCUGCAGCCUGCUGGCCGCCAACACCAGCCAGCAGGAGUGCUGCUGCACGCUGGGGGAGGGGUGGGGCCUGGGCUGCCAGUACCACGCCUGCCCCCUCAUCGGCACAGCGGACUUUCUGUCGCUGUGUCCAAGUGGGAGAGGAUACGUGUCCACAGGAGCUGGAGCCUUCAGCUACAAAGAUGUGGACGAGUGCAAACGCUUCCAUCCAGAGGUGUGUAAGAGCGGAGUGUGUGUCAACAACAUUCCUGGGUACAACUGCUACUGCUCCAGUGGAUUUGUGUACAGCAGCACUCUGCUGGAGUGUGUUGACCUGGACGAGUGUGAGCAGGAGACGUGUGUUGGAGGCCAGUGCGUCAACACAAUCGGUUCAUAUUAUUGCAGCUGUCCGCCGCCUCUGAUGCUUGACGACACCCAGCGCAACUGUGUUAAUUCGUCUCACCUCAACCUGGAUGACAACCUGUCAGUGUGCUGGCAGACCGUCAGCGCCGACUUCAUGUGUCAGAGUCCCCUCUUGGGGGCGCAGGUCACCUUCACGGACUGCUGCUGUCUGUAUGGCGACGGCUGGGGCAUGGAGUGUGCCCUCUGCCCUGCCACUGACUCUGAUGACUUUGCCAGCCUGUGCAGUUCGUUUCCCCCUCCCGUGUUUCCCGAACCUUUCCCGGACUCGACUGGACCAGACACACCUGAACGAGGAAGAGUGGGAGCUCCCCUGUUCUUCCCUCCCUUCAGUAGCGACCCUUUCCCCCCCAGCACGGACUAUGGUGGUCCCGAGGAGUAUGAGGAUUACUCCCCAGGGAGGGGUGGCCGGCCUCGGGCCAGCCUCAGCCUGCCUGGUGCCGUUUACAGAGGGGAGCCCUUUGAUGGUUACUACACCAACCCCAGUGGAUCGCCAUUCAGGCCUUCGGACCCCCGGAUGGAGCGGGCCUUCGGGGCUGGGCCGCCACCCCCGCCCCGGCCUGGCACUCCUCCUCUGGGCCUGGCUCCUCGACCAGGAGCCUACGAGGAUCUAGCGGAGGAGGAAGAGGAGGACUCUUGGGGGCCGGGCCCGCCGUUCCCCCCCUUCGAUGACAGGAGCAGAGGGGGCGGGGCCCUGAGAAGGGUGUACGAGAGGCGUUAUGACUCCUACGCGGGACUGAGCGCGGCGGAGGAUUGUGGAUUCCUCCACGACUGCCAGAACGGCAGCUGCAUCCGCGUGGACGAGGGCUACACCUGCGACUGUUACCACGGUUACCAGCUGGACAUGACCACCAUGACGUGCACAGAUGUCAACGAGUGCGAGGACGCCGUGGACGUGGACUUUCCGUGCGUCAACUCGCGCUGCGUCAACACGGACGGCUCUUUCCGCUGUGUGUGUCGGAGAGGCUACGUCAUGUCCCGCAGGCCCAAUCACUGUGUGGCCGCCUAGACUGCACCAUAGCGGUUUGGAUAUGAAGACCUGUAUUAUUUACUUCCAACUAAACCCCAGCGGGACCCCAACAUGGCCAUUAGCAUUGGUGUUAGCUUGAAGCUAGCCACGAUUAGCCUCUACAAAGUCGGUCAAACAGCGAAAUAUUUAAACAAAUCCGGUUCUCCAUCAAGCAGUGAUUGAUAUUAAAGCCCUCCUAAAGUCUUACGAUGUUAAAACAAACAUCUAACAGCCCCAACAAGCAUUUGAAGUGCCUAGCUAAAAGCUACAUUCGUAGUUAGCCAUUAGCUUACUGAUAAGCAUGCUAGGAAUUGAAAUGUUCUGAAUUUUUUUUUUUUUUUAAAAACCUCAACUUAAUUUAAUAUUUAAUUGUGUCCCCUUAAAUAUGUUGUAACUUUACAUCCGACAAAACCCCAAACUUGAUUUAAUUAAAAUAAAAUUCAGUUCUAUGGUUAAAAAUAACAAAUCCAAAAGCUCUAUAAUUGUGUUUCUUAUUAAAGAACCCAUUUGAAUCUUCUUUACUUUAGACUUUCUAGUUAGUGUUUUUUUUCUAUUACAAGUAUUUGAUAACAGCUUCCACGCCAAAUGUACAUAUGGAAGAAUAUUUCAUAUCCUGUGUUAUGCCCGUGUUGUGAUGAACUUUUAAAGGUGACGACGUUCUACCAUGCACUGUAAGUCGUGCCAGAGACUUGAUUUUAUAUUUAUAUUUACAAAGUCAUCCUACUCCUUGUCUCUGGUACCUUUUUUUUGGAAAUGGAAUUAUAUUUGCACACCUUUUCAUCUAAA